AAGCACCGCAUUGGCUGUAUAAAAAAAAGAGAGAAGGGAAAAGUAGCAUUUUUAUUCUGUUGUUUUCACAACUCUCCCCCUUUUUUUUUCUUCUUGUUUAUUCUCAGAUUUAGACUUUGGACCGGGUGUAAACCAAGGAAAGAAAACAUAUAUAUAUAUUGCUCAUCAUCUUUGCUUUGAUCAUCUGAAACGCUUCCUUUUUUUUUAAGCAAUAAUUUAUAUUGUCAAGAGAGAAAAUGAGUGGAGGCAAUAUCAAAGUCGUUGUACGAUGUCGUCCUUUUAAUUCGAGAGAAAUUGCUCGCGGGGCUGUGGGCUUGAUUCGCAUGGAAGGCAAUCAAACGAUUAUCAGUAGACCCCCUGAUCAACGCACUGGAAAGGAAUCAGAAGAUGUAAAGGCAUUUACGUUCGAUAAAUCUUAUUGGUCUGUGGAUAAAAAUCAUCCUUCUUAUGCCGACCAACAAACGGUGUAUAAUGAUUUGGGUGAAGAACUAUUGAACCACGCGUUUGAUGGUUAUAACUGUUGUAUUUUCGCAUAUGGUCAAACGGGUGCUGGUAAAUCUUAUUCUAUGAUGGGUUAUGGUGAAGACAAAGGUAUUACACCUCGUACAUGUUCAGAACUAUUCAACCGAAUCAAUUCCAAUACGGAUCCAAAUCUCACUUAUCGAGUGGAAGUAUCUUAUAUUGAAAUCUAUAAUGAAAAAGUGCGUGAUUUACUGAAUCCUAAAAACAAGGGCAAUUUGAAAGUAAGAGAACAUCCCUCUUUGGGCCCAUAUGUAGAAGAUCUUUCUCGCCUAGUAGUUACUUCAUUUGAUGAUAUUGAACAUUUGAUGGACGAAGGCAACAAAGCACGUACUGUUGCUGCGACCAACAUGAACGAAACAUCUUCAAGAUCGCAUGCUGUAUUCACUUUGUUCUUAACACAGAAACGAUUGGAUGACUUGACUAAACUCGAAACUGAAAAAGUAGCCAGAAUUAGUUUGGUUGAUUUAGCUGGUAGUGAACGUGCCAACAGUACAGGCGCAACAGGCGCACGAUUAAAAGAAGGUGCCAACAUCAAUAGAUCCUUGACUACGCUGGGUAAAGUUAUUGCUGGUUUAGCAGAACAAUCAUCGCUUGAAGGAAAGCGAGGAAAGAAGAAAGAAGCAUUUAUUCCCUAUCGAGACUCUGUAGGUAGUAUGAUUUGUUUUGUCCUCACAUGGCUACUUAAAGAUUCACUGGGUGGUAACUCCAAGACAGCCAUGAUUGCAGCUAUUUCACAAGCAGAUUAUGAUGAAACACUUAGUACACUUCGAUAUGCAGACCAAGCCAAAAAGAUCAAGAACAAGGCUGUUGUGAAUGAAGACCCUAAUGCUAAACUGAUUCGUGAUCUCAAAGAUGAACUUGAACUUCUUCGUGAUAGAUUGCGUACUUAUGCUCCUGAAGAAGUGGAGCAACUUACAGCAACAAGUGUGUACAAAUCAUCUGGAACAAAUCCAAGUACAAGUGCAAGUCGUACAUCAACAACAACAACAACAACAACAACAACAACAACGCCCAAUAAAAAGACACUUGCAGAAUUUGAGAUUACAGACAGUACAGGCAAGAAAAAGAAGAUGUCUAAAGAAGAGAUUGUCGAGCAACUGCAGAGUUCCGAGAAACUAUUGGCCAAUUUAAACGAAAGUUGGGAAGAAAAGCUGAAAAAGACAGAAAUGAUUCACCAAGAAAGAGAGAAAUCACUUAAAGAACUCGGUAUCACAAUUGAAAAGAACGAUAUGGGUGUUUAUACCCCAAAAACAAUACCUUUUAUUGUUAAUUUGAAUGAAGAUCCUCUCAUGUCUGAAUGUCUAAUGUAUCAAAUCAAGCCUGGUAUGACUCGUUUAGGAAGGCAAGAUAGUGAUGUUCCUGCAGACAUUCGUUUGAGUGGCUCAAACAUCCAAGAUGAUCAUUGUACAUUUGAAAACAAAAAUGGUGUAGUGACCCUACAUCCUGGUGCUGAUUCACUGACCAUGGUGAACGGUAUGCGAAUUACAGAACCUAGGCAACUCAAGAGUGGAUAUCGUAUCAUUUUAGGCUAUUAUCAUAUAUUUCGAUUCAAUAAUCCAGAAGAAGUGCGAAAAGAAAGAGAUCUUCAAAAAGUGGCUAUUGGAAACAGCAUGCAUGGUGGAGCUGUGGCAGAAGAUGAAUCGAGGCCUGAAUCACCUUCGACAGACAGUACGAUUGGUUCAGAAGUGAUUGAUUGGAACUAUGCUCGUCGAGAAGCUGUCUUGAAUUACUAUUCAACAGAAGCUAAUUUUGGUGGUCUUAAAGACGAAGAACUAGAAAAGCUAUAUGAUGAUAUAACAAAGAUUCGAAAUUCAAGACGAUCUCGUUCAGAAAGUCGAGCUGAUAAUGACGAUGAUGACUCUUCUACCACAAGAGACUCGUUUAGAAACUCAUCAUCUGCAACAAUGAUUGAAGACGGUCUUGAAAGUGUUUGCACAGAUCUAUCCAUUGCACAAUCAGAUCUGCUAGAAGAAAAGCUAAAACAAGAAAAGGAGCGCAUGCAAAAAGAGCUUGAUAACCAAAAACGACUGUUUGAAGCCAAAAUUCAUCGCAUGUCAAGACAGUUUUCUCAACAGCAAUCUGACUCUGGGCUUAGUCUACCUGUUUAUUCACCACAUCAAAUUGCUUUGAUUGAAAAGACAUUAAGCAAGUGGAGGCAAUUACGAACAGUGGAUAUGGCUGAAGUUGUCCUGACAAAUGCUGUCAUGUUAAAAGAAGCUAACAUCAUCUCCAGGGAACUUGAUAAACAAGUACUGUAUCAAUUUGCAGUCAUUGAAGACGAACCUUUUUCAAACCCACUUUCAUUUUAUGAAGUAACAUCUGCCUUGCAUCAAUUUGAAACGGACGAAGAUACCAGCUUGAUUUCAACACCAAAGCCUUGUGUCGGUGUACGUGUCAUUGACAAAAAGAACCAGGUGAUUUAUGUUUGGUCACUUGAAAAGCUCAAACAACGAUUACACAAGAUGCGCAACCUUUACAACUUUAUGGACAAACCACUUUAUCGAAAACAUUUCAAUUGGGAAGACCCGUUCUUUGAAAAUCCAUGUCCCAAAUACACUUGCAUUGGUGCAGCCUCUGUCUCUGUUCGCAACUUGAUUACUCAACAAGUAUACGAAACUAGUUGUGAGAUUAUUUGUCGUAGUACAGGCCAAAUACGAGGCAAACUGCGUGUGAUUGUUUCACCUAUUGCUAGAUCAGUAGCGAUUCGAAACGAAAGUUCAAGACUCUCUUUACUCUCUCAUUCACAACCUAUCUUUCCUGAAAACAAUGAUUUCACUGAAGACAUUGAUGAAGACAAUGAGGAUAAAGUGGAAGAUCAAGAUCAACAUUCAACACUUCAAGUAGGUCAAAACCUUCUAUUCGAAAUCAAACUAUUGGAGUUCAGUGGCAUUAGUGAAUCAGAAUUUACAGAUGUCCAUGUUCAAUUCAAGCUCUCUUCUUUUGGUGGAUUUCCCUCACACUCGCCUGCGGAAAAGAUUUUUGCUACAGAACUUGCAAAUUACUUUGAAAACAAUCCUGUUCAGUUGGGUUUUAGUCAAACACUCUCAUUGACUGUCACUCCUUCUGUCUUGGAUAUAUUGUCCAAUGGGUUUAUUCCUUUCCAAGUCUUUGGUCAAGCUCAACCACGCGUUUUGACAACAGGCGACCACAUAUCCCUCAAAUCAUCUGCAGGUAGCACGAGUAGCAACAGUGACUUGACUAUUGCCUCUGUGGAACGUAGAUCAGAAGAAGAAUUACUGGCUGCAGAACGGCAUGAUGUUGUUGCUUGGAUUGAAGUGCGUGAACUAUCACCUUCAGGCGAAUACACACCAGUCCAGCUGACAUCCAAGAAUCCAAUGGACAAGGGCUAUUUUACUAUCAGACAAGGUCUUCAACGACGCUUUUGCUUUACUCUCUGUCAUACUUCAGGCCAUCAGUUUGAAUGGACAAAGAUUAGAAAGGCAUCUGUGGGACAUGUGCGAUUGCUCGAUAACAAAGGUCGUAUUUUAGAAUCACCAGCACAAGAAAAUAUUCCUAUCAAGCUAUUGACAAAGCAACAAGUGUUUUAUAAUUCGGAUGGCACCAGUCGUCUAACUGCUCAAGGCGCAUGGGACAGUUCUCAACAUGAAAGUAUCUUUUUAAAUCGAUUGACUGAUCCAAAUAGUCGUGUCAUUUUAAACUUGAGAUGGGAAGUCGAGGCAGAAUGUUGUGAAAAGCCAAUUCAAUUCAAUAUGGAUAUUGCAUUUCAAAUCCAAGGCAGAGACAGAUCGAUUGGUGGUGGUAAAUUUAGUUCGUUUAGAAGACUCUUGUAUUCGGGUGGUAAACAACUCAGCAAAUACAGUAGUGUCUUUCUGGUUCAUCUGAAGCCACCUAUGACAAGAAGACUAAGCCAAUUAUGGCGACUAAAUACAGCUUCUAAACACGUACAUGGUGAAGAAUUCCUUGGUUCAUGGCGCCCCCGAGGCGUGUCUUUGGUGAAUGACUACAAGCAAAUUCAAGAAUUCAUCCAUCGAAAAUUACAAGUGGCCUUCACAAGACAGAUUUUGGACUUGAAGCAAACAGAAAAUGAUACCCUUUUAUCUCCUAAAUCGAUAUCCUCUUCUUCAACAAAAGUUGGUUUAUUGAGUGAAGAUGAAAAACAGGCUUUGUUGAAGCGAGUGAUUGAUUUAUGGGCACUGAAACUUGGCAUAGACAAGGAAAUAGUGAUUAGCCAAGACCCUCCUCCUAUUUUGAUUGAGAAUAACGGAACAUUAACACAAGAGCCGUUGUCAAUAUCAAAGCUGAUUGCCGAGGUGGAAUUAGUGACACAGCCAGCAAACAUUUCAAAAAAGGGAUAUUUAUUAUACCAAGAAGAUGCAGCUAAAGAUUUAUGGGUCAAGCGAUGGUUUGUUAUUCGUAGACCAUACAUUUAUAUCUACUCUGAUGAUACAGAAUCAGAUGAACAAGGUGUCAUCAAUGUAGCUUCAGUGCGUAUCGACUAUAACGAAGCACUGGAACAAAUGAUUCAGCGAGAGAAUGUCUUUGCUCUUUAUACCAAUAACAAUGCUUAUACCUUGCAGUCAGGUACACGUCAAGACAUGAUUGACUGGAUACAACUGAUUGAUCAAAAGUUUCCCGUGGACAAUCUGUUGUCAUAGUCUAUCUCGAGAAUAUUAUAAUAAAGUAUAUAUACCACUCUUCUCUU